CUCGGAGAUUGCAUCCACUUGUCUAUUCCAGCAAUUGCGGACUGUGCUUUUAGUUCCGUUCAGUUGUGGAAAGUGCAUUUGAAAAGUUAUGUGUGUCAACAUGAUUUCAGCAAAAGGACUAGUUUUUGCGUUGGCACUAGUCUCAUUCCAGGUCGAGGGCCUACCCAAGAAAGCAGACGGAUCCGAGAGAAAAAACAUCCCGGGUGGAUUAUCUCCGCGGGAUGUAAAAGACGAGAAGAUCCAAUCGCUUGCCAAUUUCUCUUUCUCCGCUGUGAAAACUUCUCUAGGAAGUAAUGACGAACUCAUACUCGUUAAAGUUACCGAGGCUUACUCUCAGGUCGUUGCCGGCAGUCUGUAUCACAUCACGAUGGAGGUAUCAACUUCUAAGGGCGUUUCAAAAUCUUGCACCGUGAAAGUUCUUGAACAGCUGUGGAUCUCUCCCGAUCCUAAAGUGACCGAAGUCAUAUGCGAAGAUAAACCAUCGAGCUAAGGGAUAGGUGUAAGUUAAACCAAAGAAAAGGAAAAGAAGAAAAACAGAAUCAACAGUCUAAACUUUUGAUAAAACCGCUUUGAAGUAUUAAAACCCAUGAGAUUAUUUUGGUUGUACUGUGAAUUGGACUUAAUUUUGCAAGAAGGAUCAGCAAUAUGUGACUCACCCGUAAAAUCACCUAUCUGCAUUAGAAAACUAAAGGCACUCAUGUCCUUUUUCAAAUGAGCCAGAAAUAGUAGUUCAUAUCGCGAUGGAGGUCUCAACUUCGGAGGGUAUUACGAAAUUGUGCUCCGUGAAAGUUCUUGGACAGUUCUGGAUUUCUCCCGAUCCUAAAGUGACGGGAGUCAUAUGAGGAUAAACCAUCGGGCUCAAGGGGUAGGUGUAAGUUAAACUUGAAAAAAAAAAAAUUAACAUUUCAAAAUUUUGAUAAAACCACUUUGAAUGAUUAAAACUCGUGAGAGUAUUUUGGUUGUACAGUGAAUUGGACUUAAUUUUGCAAGGAGGAACUGCAAUAUGUGAAACACUCGUGAAAGCACCUAUCUGCAUCAGAAAACUAAUGGCACUUACGUCGUUUCUCAAAUGAGCUAGGAAUAGCAUUUCCUUAUUGCAAAAUGCAGACCACUUGCGCUAACAGAGAAAAACUCACCGUAUUUCCACACUAUUUUCAUAUUAUAAAGUCACGUGUAGAGUAUAUUUUUCACUUCGUUAUAGCGUCCCUUUAAGUAUGAAUAGGAAGUAGGUACAAAUUUUUCCUAUGCGGGCGCGCUUUUGACUUUAUCUCAAUGCAGCUCGUGCAGCCAGCCACAUAUAAUGCGCUGUACUUUUCAGUGGUGUAUAUGCCAAGGCCAAGAGUGUAAGUGCAGAAGAGAAUUUUUUUGUUUUAAUUUAAAAAGAUGAAGGUAGUGGAAUGAAAUGAGUUAAAAUCAACCAUAUUAUAUUGUAAAAGAAUGUUCUAGAACGUUACAUAAUUUUAUUCGAGUUGCCUUAGCGUAAUCACUGACUGUGUCAUCGGAUGAUCCCUUUGCUUUCAAGUUUUUUUUUACGUUGACUUACGUUACAUUGUAUCGACAUUAAUGGUACUUAAUAAUUUGAAAACAAUCUCUUUCAAGGCUGAAAUAAGUACCGUAAAACACUCACAGCGUUUUUCUCAAAUUCGGCAUUUCCUUUCGAAUUAGGAAUUGCUAUCAAAGGGUCAAUAUUUUCAAAUUUUUGGAUGUUUCAAUGCAAUAAACGAUACAAAAUUAACCUUUUUAA